CUGCUCUUUUGCUUUCACUUGUAGUUAACUUUUUAAAACUUGUUCCUGAUCAACUUAAACAAAAACUAUGGCUGAAUAUAGGGAAAUUAUAGCAUCUGAAUUAAUGCUCAAGAAAAUAGAUCCAUGGAAAAGAAUAGGUGGUGGUUGCAGCAGUAAUAACUGGGCUUUCAAAACUGAUAUUGGAGAAAUAUUUGCAAAAAUAUGCAGUGAUGAAAAUGGAAAAGAUCUUCUCUUUGGUGAAUUCAAAUCUUUAGAAAUACUUCAAAUGGCAAAUGCUGUGCGAGUUCCAAAACCAAUCAAAGUUGUUUCUUCCUACAAUACCACAAUUCUCAUAACAGAAUAUAUUCAGUUUAGGGGGUUAAAAGUCUUUCAAGGUGAACUUGGGCAUCAGCUUGCCAUACUCCAUCUAAAGAACUUGGAACUAUUGAAGAUAAAUUCUGAUCAAGCAGUAAGGCAAUUUGGCUUCUAUGUUAAUGUCUGCUGUGGAUUACUCCCUGUUGAAAACCAAUGGAAUGGAAAUUGGACUGAUUUUUACUGCAAACAGAGAUUGAAACCACAAAUUAAAAAUGUUGCUCAAAAGUCUGGUAACAAAGAGGUGGAAAGACUAUGGUCUCUUCUGGAACCUAAAAUCAACCAGCUUUUCGAUGGAGUUACUGUUUUACCUUCUCUGCUCCAUGGGGACUUAUGGAGUGGAAAUGUCGGAGAAACAAACGAUGCACCUGUAAUCUACGAUCCAGCCUCAUUUUAUGGCCAUCACGAAUUUGAUCUGGCUAUCACUCGCAUGUUUGGAGGAUUCAGCAAGGAGUUUUAUGAGAAAUAUCACCAACUUAUUCCUCGCGAGAAAGGUUUUGAAGAGCGAAAGCCUUUGUACGAACUUUUUCAUUACCUCAAUCACUGGAACCAUUUUGGUGGUGGUUAUGAAGAGCAAAGCCUAGGAAUAAUGCGCAAAUUAGUUAAGUUGUUACAUUGUUAACUUUACUGGUUAUGCAAUUUUUUCACAUUCUGAUUCGGUCAUCCCAAUAU